CAGCCCUUCAAUAAGCCACAUUGUUGCACGAAACUCCAGCGCUGAAGUCCCAGGCCACUAGCAACGUCGUGUCACUCAGCUAAGAAGAUUCGCUCGCUGGAGCAUCCUGCGAGGGAGCCGGAGAGGUCCGACUGCUUAGUGGAGCUUGACUGUGAUUCUUCCUAAGUGACCCUGUGGCUGAAGUUAGCGGCUGGACCCUGGGUGACUAAACAAGUCGCCUGGCGUGAGACUUAGGCAGCUUCUAGCAAUUGUGACUCCAAAAACCUAUUUCUAGAGAUCCGAGACCCCACCGCCCGCCCCAGCCGGCCCGCAAUCGCUAUUAGCCUGCUUUGGGCGCCGCCUGGGACCUCCGUUCCCGUCCAGGCAGCCGAGCCCGGGUACAAAGCGGUCGGACCGCGCCACUAGCCUCCCCCGCAAGCCCUUGCGCCUUGGUUUCCCAACUCCACGCCGCCUGACCGCAACAGGAUGAUUGCCUCGCAUCUGAUCGCCUGCCUCUUCACGGAGCUCAACCGUAACCAAGCGCAGAAGGUUGACCAAUACCUCUACCACAUGCGUCUCUCUGAUGAGACCCUUCUGGACAUUUCUAAGCGGUUCCGCAAGGAGAUGGAAAAAGGGCUUGGAGCUACCACCCACCCCACUGCUUCUGUGAAGAUGCUGCCCACCUUUGUGAGGUCUACCCCGGAUGGGACAGAACAUGGAGAGUUCCUGGCCCUGGACCUUGGAGGGACCAAUUUCCGUGUGCUCUGGGUGAAAGUCACAGAUAACGGGCUCCAGAAGGUUGAGAUGGAGAACCAGAUCUAUGCCAUCCCGGAGGACAUCAUGCGAGGCAGCGGCACUCAGCUGUUUGACCACAUUGCUGAAUGCCUGGCCAACUUCAUGGAUAAGCUACAAAUCAAAGACAAGAAGCUCCCGCUGGGCUUUACCUUCUCCUUCCCUUGCCACCAGACUAAACUAGAUGAGAGUUUCCUGGUCUCAUGGACCAAGGGAUUCAAAUCCAGUGGAGUGGAAGGCAAAGACAUUGUGACUUUGAUCCGGAAGGCCAUCCAACGGAGAGGGGACUUUGAUAUUGACAUUGUGGCCGUGGUGAAUGACACGGUGGGGACCAUGAUGACCUGUGGUUAUGAUGACCAGAACUGUGAGAUUGGUCUCAUUGUGGGCACUGGCAGCAAUGCCUGCUACAUGGAGGAGAUGCGCCACAUCGACAUGGUAGAAGGCGACGAGGGGCGGAUGUGUAUCAACAUGGAGUGGGGGGCCUUUGGAGACGAUGGCGCACUCAAUGACAUCCGCACUGAGUUUGACCAAGAGAUCGACAUGGGCUCCCUGAACCCUGGGAAGCAAUUGUUCGAGAAGAUGAUCAGCGGGAUGUACAUGGGGGAGCUGGUGAGGCUUAUCCUGGUGAAGAUGGCCAAGGAGGAGCUGCUCUUCCAGGGCAAUCUCAGCUCAGGCCUCCUCACCACAGGCAGCUUCGAGACCAAAGACGUUUCGGAUAUUGAAGAGGAGAAGGACGGCCUCCAGAAGGCCCGCCAGGUCCUGAUACGGCUGGGAAUAGAUCCCCUGCAGGAGGACUGCGUGGCCACCCGCCGCGUCUGCCAGAUCGUGUCCAUGCGCUCCGCCAGCCUGUGCGCGGCCACGCUGGUCGCCGUGCUGCGGCGCCUCAAGGAAAACAAGGGCGAGGAUCGGCUGCGCUCCACCGUCGGGGUCGAUGGCUCUGUCUACAAGAAACACCCUCAUUUUGCCAAGCACCUUCACAAGGCCGUGCGGAGGCUGGUACCUGACUGCGACGUUCGCUUUCUCCGCUCUGAGGACGGCAGUGGCAAAGGGGCAGCUAUGGUGACGGCGGUGGCUUAUCGGCUGGCUGACCAACACCGAGCCCGCCAGAACACCCUGGAGCCUCUAAAGCUGAGCUACGAGCAGCUGCUGGAGGUCAAGAGAAGGAUGAAGGUCGAAAUGGAGCGGGGUCUCAGCAAGGAGACACACAGCAUUGCUCCUGUGAAGAUGCUGCCCACCUACGUGUGUGCCACCCCCGAUGGCACAGAGAAAGGGGACUUCCUGGCCUUGGACCUUGGAGGCACCAAUUUCCGGGUCCUGCUGGUUCGUGUGCGGAAUGGGAAGCGGCGAGGAGUGGAGAUGCAUAACAAGAUCUACUCCAUCCCGCAGGAGGUCAUGCACGGCACCGGGGAGGAGCUCUUUGACCACAUUGUCCAGUGCAUCGCCGACUUCCUGGAGUACAUGGGGAUGAAGGGCGUGUCCUUGCCGCUGGGUUUCACCUUCUCCUUCCCGUGCCAGCAGAACAGCCUGGAUGAGAGCAUUCUCCUCAAGUGGACAAAAGGCUUCAAGGCCUCUGGCUGUGAGGGCGAGGACGUGGUCACCCUGCUGAAGGAAGCCAUCCACCGGCGAGAGGAGUUUGACCUGGACGUCGUGGCCGUGGUGAAUGACACAGUAGGAACUAUGAUGACCUGUGGCUACGAAGACCCGCACUGUGAAGUUGGCCUCAUCGUUGGCACGGGCAGCAACGCCUGCUACAUGGAGGAGAUGCAUAAUGUGGAGCUGGUGGACGGAGAAGAGGGGCGGAUGUGCGUCAACAUGGAGUGGGGGGCCUUCGGGGACAACGGGUGCUUAGAUGACUUCCGCACGGAGUUCGAUGUGGCUGUGGAUGAGCUCUCUCUGAACCCCGGCAAACAGAGAUUUGAGAAAAUGAUCAGCGGCAUGUACCUGGGCGAGAUUGUCCGCAACAUCCUCAUCGACUUCACCAAGCGCGGGCUGCUGUUCCGCGGCCGCAUCUCGGAGCGGCUCAAGACAAGGGGAAUCUUCGAAACCAAGUUCCUGUCUCAGAUUGAGAGUGACUGCCUAGCCCUGCUGCAGGUCCGCGCCAUCCUGCACCACUUGGGGCUCGACAGCACCUGUGACGACAGCAUCAUUGUCAAGGAGGUGUGCACCGUGGUGGCGCGGCGGGCGGCCCAGCUCUGCGGCGCAGGCAUGGCUGCCGUGGUGGACAAGAUACGAGAAAACCGCGGGCUGGACACCCUCAAAGUGACAGUGGGUGUGGAUGGGACCCUCUACAAGCUGCAUCCUCACUUUGCCAAAGUCAUGCACAAGACAGUGAAGGACCUGGCCCCAAAAUGUGAAGUGUCCUUCCUGGAGUCAGAGGAUGGCAGCGGGAAGGGGGCCGCUCUCAUCACUGCCGUGGCCUGCCGCAUCCGAGAGGCUGGACAGCGAUAGGACCCCUGAGGUUGGCAGGGACAUCACUGCUUCCCCUUUCCCUGUUUUAAGUUAUAUAAGGUGUCAACCCCUCGUGUCAGAGACAGGCCCCUUAGCUUUUCUUUGGCAGAAAGGACCCCAGCGGACUAGGUUUUGUCUCUCAAUAUGUUCACUGUAGCAUUUGGUACCCAAGCCUUGCCUUUCCUGAGAUACAGAGUAAGGAUUUCUUCACGCUGGUCACAACCACUCCCACCGGUUGGCUUUUAAAUGCAAUCCUUUGUCAUCCCCUGGCCAAAUUUCAUGUCGCUGUACAAUCCUACGAGAUGUGGACUGUCCUAAAGAUGUGGUUGCCUCACCUUGGAGCUGAAUGUGACAUUUCUAGGUGGAGAGUAACCCCCUGCAUGAGCAGGGACCUCCAUUCUCCACUUAGAGGUGGGAGAGGUUUGCACUCAUGCUGUGAGCCUGAUCUUCCUGCAAGCAGACUUGGAAGGGCGGAGAGGUGGCAAGGGGAAAGAAAUCUCAUGAGUACCAUGGGACAUUCUUUCCUUGACAUGUGUAUGAGUGUUGCCCUGUGGAUUCCAGCAUUGACCAUUCUGUAAGCAAGGAAUCCCCCAUCAGGCAGUGAAACCAACGCCAGGAGUCGACACAUCGUGCGAGCGGAUUUUUCUGCGUCUCACUGUGGGUGCGUGGAUCCUACGUGAGCGUUGGACCUUCGGGGAAAGGGGAACCUUUGAGUUUAUUUUUUAAUAUCUUCCUGCAAAAGUGGAAAUAUUGUAUUUUCAUUUUAAUUUAUGUGUGAAACUUACUUAGUUCAUGAAGUAGGUCUGCUCUUCAUUUUGUGAUCGACUGUAUGUAAUAUUUAUAUUUGUUAAUUUGUUUUAUAUAUAUAUAUAGAUAGAUAGAUAGAUAGAUAGAUAGAUAGAUAAAUCUACAAGGUAUCCUCAGCCUUGGCCUCGGUAAUAGAUCAGUUUAGUUUAGGAUGGCAGGUAAUGACAUUGACUAGCUCCUAGAAAUACCUCAUUGGCCUGCAGGAGGAGAAGGGAAGCCUCUUUGGGGUGAGUGAAUGGCCAAGCGUCAGCUCUCUGGCUCCUCCCUCCCCUGCAGUCUUGAAAAUGUAUGGAAAGCCGGAAUGGAGACUGAGGCUGGGCCCAUGGACCGAGGAAACCACAGCAACUGGCUGCUCUGGCUAGAGGCUUUCUUGGCGCAAUGUUACAUGGGAUGUGAACCGAAGGAAACCAAAGAGAUCAUUUCAAGUAGACUCACUGCCUAAAAGUCUGUUUUUAUUCUCAGGGCAGUCAGUAUAUUAAAGCUGUCUGACAAGAUAAAGGAAGCCACCAAAAGUUUAAAAAAUUCUAUCUAAUUAUCAACCUCAAACCAAAAUGAAACAGUCAAUGAACCAAACAAAACCCUCAGGGACAACAGUUUUGGUACGCUUGUGCCCUCCUAGCAAAUUUCACCUUGAGUUUGUCUUGUAAAUGUUUUACAAGAAGUGUGCUUCCCUGGGCUGAGCUGGCAUUGGUCUACAGGCCUGUUUUUGUUUUUUUUGUACAUGGUAUUUAUUUCAUGGCAGAGAUUGGAAUGGCAUAAGAGCCUCCAGAUUACUACUUUUCAAGAGUGCUGUUGAAUCUGAACCUGAAAGCACACUUACUUCUGCCCCAAAGUAGAAACAAUCAUUGACAUUAAAUCUGGAUGCAGUAUGGCAAAGAGGGGAUGGCUUUGUGACACUAUUAAAUAAGAUACAGAAAACAGGAUCAAAACAGAAAAAUGGACAGAAACUCACAACUUGGUUGUACCUAAUUUUUGUUCAUUUUCAAACUUGGGCUGAAAACGGUGCCCGGUGAUCAUUCUUGAACAAGGUGGGGUAUAAAUAAGUGAAAAUAAAUGGCCCAGAUCUUCCUGGGAAGGAAACAGGGAGGGGACGCUUCCUCACUUGUUGCAGUCUGGUUUUGCCUGUCUGCAUAAACUCCCCUGCCGCCCCCACCUGCAGUUAUUAUCUGAGGUGUGGGUUCCUUCCAUUAGAGUGAAAAGUCAAAAGCCACCUGUAGACUUGUCAAUCACUAAAGGAUAUCCAUGAAAUAGAGAUGAAUUUUAACUUACUUUUAUUAUGGAAUUUUAACUUGUUUUUAAAUUACAUGUUUUAAAUGUGUAUGUGGCUAUUACAGAUGUGUCGUUGGUUUCUAAGCCAGAACUCUGGGCAGUGUGUGUUGACUGGGAUCCCCUGGUUGCUGCUGCUCUGCUUGGUGUAAAUAAAGUGUGUCUCAGUCUUUGCCUGGGGUGUACAGAAUAUGGGUCAUCUCAAACCCUUAAGCCCUCGGUCUGGUGAAGAUGUUGUCACUGUGUACAAUAAAGAACUAGCUGAAUUAACUAUGUGAUGUUAAAUAUUAUUAAUAAAUUUUAACUUUUUUUCAAAAUA